AUGGCCGUCUUUAUGAGUAGGUUCACAUAUGUGUUGCUUAAGAUUAAAGGAAUGGAUUAUAUCCAAAUAUUAAAGGAAUGGAUUAUAUCCGACACAAGUUCUUCACCUCUUUUCACUCCCUCUAGUUCAGCUUCUAACUCUCUUGACUCAUUAAAUAUAACUGGAUCCGAUGUUCAGCCUUUGUUGUCCAAUUUGUCACCCUCUAAGGCUACUGGUCCUGAAGGUAUUCCAGCUUACCUUCUAAAGCGAUGUUCUGAGGUAAUUGCCCCUUCUUUGACUGCUAUUUUUGAGUUAUCUCUUCAGCAGAGUGUUUUUCCUUCUGAAUGGAAAGCUGCUAAUGUCGUGCCUAUACUCAAAAAGGGUGACACUCAGGAGGUCACUAACUACAGACCAGUUUCCUUACUCUCAAGUCUCAAACGUUCUCGAACGUUUAAUUUUCAGUCAGGUUUCUUCUUUUGUUGAAAACUCCUUGUACGACCUUCAACAUGGCUUUCGCUGUAAAAGGUCGUGUGUUACUCAACUUUUGAGUGUACUUCACGACCUUGGUCGUACUCUUGACUCUGGAAAGGAAACAGACCUGAUUUAUCUCGACUUUGCUAAAGCGUUUGACUCGGUGUCCCAUAGCAAACUUUUGUUCAAACUUAAAUCGUUUGGAAUCUCAGGUCCACUUCUUAACUGGUUUGCUGAUUACCUUCGUGAUCGCAAACAAUGUGUUGUCGUUGAAGGAGCUUCCUCAUCUUUUCUUAAUGUUACCUCUGGGGUGCCACAAGGUAGUGUAAUAGGUCCUCUUUUAUUCAUUCUUUAUGUAAAUGAUCUUGCAGAGGUAACCAAUAAUAGUACCGUUGCACUUUUUGCUGAUGACAGCAAGUGUUAUCGUGCUAUACGAUCACCAGUUGAUCGGGGUCUCCUUCAGCUUGACCUGGACGCUAUGUCCAACUGGUCACUUAACUGGAAAAUGAAAUUUAAUGUCUCGAAGACGCUCCUACUUAGGAUAUCCCGCAAACGUAACCCUCCAACUCAUUGCUACUUUCUUAACAACGAUCCAGUUAAGAGCAUAGCUAACCAAGUAGACUUGGGUGUUGUUAUCAGCAAUGACCUAAAGUGGUCCCCUCACAUCGCCAGCUGCACUGCAAAAGCCAAUCGUAUGCUUGGUUUUCUUCGUAGGAAUUGUACGCAAAUGUCUGAUAUUCGCUGCCGUAGGCAUCUUUAUCUUGCUCUCGUCCGAUCUCAUCUGUCAUAUGGUAGUGAGAUCUGGGCACCUCAUGGAUCGUCACGUGAUCUUGCGAUCAUCGAAGGUGUUCAAUGACAGGCUAGUAAAUUUGUCCUUCAGGAUUAUGAGUUGCCAUAUCCUGAACGCCUUAAGAAGCUUAAUCUAUUACCAAUAUCCUACUGUAUGGAACUAAAGGAUCUCGUCUUCUUUUUUAAAUGUAAGCACGGUCUCUUCGACCUAGAUAUCUCCUCUUUCGUCACUUUUACUUCAAAUAGCUCGUCUCACACCCGUUCAAGUUUGGACAACUUGCUUCAUGUUAAUCAUUGCAGGUCUUCUCUCUUUAGGAACUCUUUUUUCAACCGAAUUGUCUUUCUCAGGAAUAACCUCUCUCCCACCAUUCGUAAUAGUUCAUCCGUUUCCUCCUUUAAAAACAGCCUAACUGUAAUUUGCUCUUCUCUACUUCAUUCAUCUUUCGAUGUAAACAGAAUGCGCACUUGGAAAACCUUCUGUUCUAAAUGCCGCUCUUUCAACUUAAGCUGUUGUUCGUAAUUCGUCAUGUGUUUUCAGAUUACGAUAGUUAAAGUCCUUGAUCCUUUGUGACGUUAUUCGCUAGCGCGACCUGAUAACGCGACGCUAGUGCAUGUGAUGAAUGGAAACGCGACGCUACUGUGACUUCAUUGGUGGCAUCACGUUGAUCUGCUGAGUGUGAACUAUCUCAUUGGUAUUGCAUGCAUCCUGCGCUAAAGCCGAUGCUAUCUGAACAAAUAGAUUUUGCAUACUAAUUACUUCCGCGGCUGGAAUAUAGUCAAUCACUACACUAGCUGAUACAAAAACCUGUUGAAUCGUACGUGCCGACAAAGGUUUGAUACCAAAUUUUGGUAUGAACCUCUGAUUAAUUAACAUAGAAUUGAAGUCUUUCGAAUUGAAGUCGAAUAAACUUUCACGGAGUUACCUCGUCUUGGAAAACCUCUGCUGUGGUUCCAACCAGGCCGAAAUUGUGAACUUGGAAGUUUCAGUUUACCUAUUUUAUCUUAUUUAUUAUACAGUUAUUUCAAUUAAGGUUGUCCCCCGAGGAAAGCGGAAAACUCGAAUACGAGCGCGAAAGGCUGCUGGGAAUCGCUAAUAAAUGAAUCAAUUUAUUAGCCAUUCCCAGCAGCCUUUCGCGCUCGUAGUCGACUUUUCCGCUUUGCUCGGGGGACAACCUUAAUUGAAAUAGCUGUAUACAUGACAAAAUUACAGCAAUCUGAUUGGUUAAGACGAGUGCAAUUAUUUCAUUAAUUAUUUAUCUUCUGUAAUCAGUGGCAAAUACUGCAAUUCCAUUGGUUUACAGGAGUGCGAUUUGAGCAUUAAUCGCACCUUUUCUGAGCUGUAAUCGCACUCUUGUCUACAACCAAUGAAAAUCAGUCUAGUAUUUACAACUAGCCAAUCAGCAUUCAGGAUACAAACUUUGAAUUUUAUUUUCUUUGUUGCUGUAAAAAAAUUCAAAAUGGAGGAAUUCACAAAUUUUGACCUUUUAAUUUUUAAAUCAGCCCUCGAAAACCGGCAAAAUUGAGGUCGGAAAAAAUAUGCCGACCUAAAUCUGACCUAGCUUGGCACAUCUCGGCAUUUUUUUAAAUCUGUUUCCAUGUUUUGGAGCACUAGUAGCCUGCACUAGUAAUCACGUAUUUACGAAUCAUUGAAAAGUAUAAAUGUCACGAAGGCUUUUCUUUUAGAGUCUUACCUAAAUUAUAUCAUAAUACCCGUUAAUUCUUAAACCUUACACCAAAGUGUAUCGAAUUCUAUAAUCGCUGAUUUUUUAACAGCUAUCAGCACCAAAAAAGUUUCUUACUUUGGUUGAAUUAAGGUCGGCAAAACAUUGCCGACCUGGGAGGUUGAUAGGUCGGUAUUUAAUAGGUCGGCAUUGCCGAAUACCGACCUCGCUUUCUAGGGCUGUUAAAUUAUAUAUUUUCUGACGAAAAUGACCUACCUGUUCUUCCAGCAGAAGACACCAAACUAGACACAACCAGGGGUUAUAUUCAGAUUAAAAUGAACUAAAGAACUUCACUAUUUUGAACACGUUAUAAACAUACAAACAUGGCUUCCCAAUUGUGUGUUGAAUAUUGAAUAAUUCAAACAAUGUUGUCAUGUGAUUAUACCGGAAAUAAUACCCGGAAGUUAAUAAUAUGUUAAUUUUUAUGAUAAAUUUAAUUCAAAAUUGUAGCUAUUUCACUAAGAAUUGUCGUGACAAAAAUUUAAUAAUUAUAUUGAAUUUCAACAAAUUGUAUUUUUUGUGCUUUUUUCUACAGUUUGAUUACAGAAGAUAAAUAAUUAAUAAGUAAUAGAACGAAUUAAGUCGUACUAUUAAUGCCAUAAUCAUACUCGUGAUUAACAAAUCAACCUCCCGCUACGCGGUCGGUUGAUUUUGUAAUCACUCGUAUGAUUAUGGCAUUAAUAGCACUCCUAUUCGUUCUAUUACCAUCAUUAAUUAUUUAUCUUCUGUAAUCAAUGGCAAAUACUGCAAUUUCAUUGGUUUACAGGAGUGCGAUUUGAGCAUUAAUCGCACCUUUUCUGAGCUGUAAUCGCACUCUUGUCUACAGCCAAUGAAAAUCAGUCUAGUAUUUACACUAGCCAAUCAGCACUCAGGAUACAAACUUUGAAUUUUAUUUUCUUUAUUGCUGUAAAAAAUUUCAAAAUGGAGGAAUUCACAAAUUUUGCCCUUUUAAUUUUUAAAUCUGCCCUCGAAAACCGUCAAAAUUGAGGUCGGAAAAAAAAUGCCGACCUAAAUCUGACCUAUCUCGGCAUUUUUUAAAAUCUGUUUCCAUGUCUUGGAGCACUAGUAGCCUGCACUAGUAAUCACGUAUUUACGAAUCAUUGAAAAGUAUAAAUGUCACGAAGCCUUUUCUUUUAGAGGUUUACCUAAAUUAUAUCAUAAAUAUACCCGUUAAUUCUUAAACCUUACACCAAAGUGCAUCGAAUUCUAUAAUCGCUGACUUUUUAACAACUAUAAGAACCAAAAAGAUUCUUACUUUGGCUGAAUUAAGGUCGGCAAAACAUUGCCGACAUGGGAGGUUGAUAGGUCGGCAUUUUAAUACUGAAGGGCGGCAUUGCCGAAUGCCGAUCUCGUUUUCGAGGGUUGUUAAAUUAUAUAUUUUCUGACGAAAAUGACCUACCUGUUCAUCCAGCAGAAGACACCGAACUAGACACAAUCCAAUUCAGAUGAUUAAUUGAACUAAAGAACUUCACUAUUUUGAACACGUUAUAAACAUACAAACAUGGCUUCCCAAUUGUGUUUUGAAUAAUUCAAACAAAUGUUGUCAUGUGGUUAUACCGGAAAUAAUGCCCGGAAGUUAAUAAUAUGUUAAUUUGAUUAUAUAUGAUAAAUAAUAAUUCAAAAUCGUACUAUUUCACUAAGAAUUGUCGUGACAAAAAUUUAAAAAUUAUAUUGAAUUUCAACAAAUUGUAUUUUUCUGCUUUUCCCCCUUAAACAUUUUGAUUACAGAAGAUAAAUAAUUAAUAAGUAAUAGAACGAAUUAAGUCGUACUAUUAAUGCCAUAAUCAUACUCGUGAUUAACAAAUCAACCUCCCGCUACGCGGUCGGUUGAUUUUGUAAUCACUCGUAUGAUUAUGGCAUUAAUAGCACUCCUAUUCGUUCUAUUACCAUCAUUAAUUGUCCUCUCCAGGAGCUAGUCUAAUUAAUAAUUUUCGUGAUGCCUAGGGGGAGCGGGAAAUCAAAACAACAAAAAUCCAGUAUGGCGGCGAAAUUUAUCUUGUAUAAAUAACAAACGUGGACGACACGGAACGAAUAACAUGCAAACGCGGCUCAUGCAAUUUUGGCACAUUUUUUAAAUAGCACUCGCACAUUUUUUAAUUGCACUCCUUCCCGUGUGAUUACCUAUAGCCUGCAAAUAUAAUUCAGAACAGGUCUGAGUGGAAUCCCUGCAAUUAAAAUUUACUUGCGGUUCAAGCCUCCUUGAAUUUCAUUCUUGGUCUAUUCUGUAUUGCUUUCUAAUAAAUUUUGCACUGAAACGGUACCAUGCAGUUUAUAAAUCUUUUCACAUCGUUUUGCAAUACAACCGGAGAUAAAUGAAGCAAAUACUCAAAGACCUAAACAGUUCAUCAUGGCGUUAUUAUACACGCACAUUAGUAAACAAAUUAUGUCCUAAAUCCCACUAAUUCCAUAUAAUAAUAGCUCUAUAAAAAUAAGCUGUGUUACAGAUCGCAUAAUUAGAAAGCUCUGUGAUCAUUGGCGCGACUUGCUUGUUCCUAGCAUAGAUAAACUAUAUACUAUAUAUAUCUAUAUAUAUCUAUAUAUAUCUAUAUAUAUAUAUAUCUAUAUAUAUAUAUAUAUAUAUAUAUAUAUAUAUAUAUAUAUAUAUAUAUAUAUAUAUAUAUAUAUAUAUAUAUAUAUAUAUAUAUAUAUAUAUAUAUAUAUACGGAUUUAAGACUGGAAAUCAUGAAAUAUAUACUGAAUGUCGUAAACAUACUCGUUUAUAUUUAUUCAGCAUCGAACAAUACUAGUUCUGCAAGUGUUAUGUUAGUUGUGUAAUUGCACACUCUGUAAUAUGUUAAGAUGAAAAUGUUCUAGAGUGUGUAUUAUAUAAUUUCCAUACCCAGCGCAAGCAGAAAGAUGUUGUCUGCCGCGGCUGGGUCUUGAACCCGCGACCUUCGAAUUACUAGAUCGACGCUCUACCAACUGAGCUACACGGUCAGACGGAUUUAAUAUAUAUAUAUAUAUAUAUAUAUAUAUAUAUAUAUAUAUAUAUAUAUAUAUAUAUAUAUAUAUAUAUAUUUAUAAAGAUAAAGAUAAAGAUAAACAAAAAAUAAACCUGGUUUACUUCAUAAGAUUUAUUCACUACAAACUUGUUUCGUAUGACAAGCAAUGCUUUGCCACACUCAUCAGUCAUUUAUAUAUAUAUAUAUAUAUAUAUAUAUAUAUAUAUAUAUAUAUAUAUAUAUAUAUAUAUAUAUAUAUAUAUAUAUAUAUAUAUAUAUAUAUAUAUAUAUAUAUAUAUAUAUAUAUAUAUUCAUAUAUAUAUAUAUAUAUAUAUAUAUAUAUAUAUAUAUAUAUAUAUAUAUAUAUAUAUAUAUAUAUAUAUAUAUAUAUAUAUAUAUAUAUAUAUAUAUAUAUAUAUAUAUAUAUAUAUAUAUAUAUAUAUAUAUAUAUAUAUACAGGGUGUACCAAAAUAAACGCAAUUCAUCUUUUGUGCUUAAUAACUUUCGAAAUACUAUUUCUAGUUAAACACUUUUAGGCUUACUUCAAAGCCUGUUCUUUUCUCUUUCAAACAAAUUAUUAUCCUUGUCUCCAAUGCUAGUAAUAAUUGCACACGAAAAGAUUUAGUAAAACCUAUUAUUUUUAGUUGCUGUUUAAUUAUGCAAGUUUAAUAUGUUAUUGUUUAGUCGGUUUAAAUGUUAGAAUUUUCUUCUUUAAACUUUAAUGUUGUCGUCACUACAUCUGGAAAACCACGUAAGAACAAAUUAAAAGUAUUUUAAAAAGAGACCAGGUUGUUUGAAAAUCCUAAACGAAUGCUAAAAUCGUCAAAACAUUCUGGUGUCUGAGCCAGAGUGUCAUCGAAUUACGAUGUAAUGUAAACAGAAAUUAUAGCAAGUUGAUGUCAGUCAGCUUAGAUGGUCCAAGCCAAAAUUAUAUCGCAUUUGAAGUUUCAAACUGAGUUAAAGAUAGUGGAAGAAAGCCGUAAUUAUACUUAUUGUUACAAUCCAUUUAAUAAAAUGCAACAUUUUUUUGUUUUAAUGAAAAAAUCAGUUAUUUUCCUGAGAACGAUUUGUUAUUCCAUCUCAAUUUUUUUAAUCUCCAAUCGCAAUAACGUAAAGUAUUAUUACCCGCGAACCAAUGAGUCAAAUUUAAGAAACAACCCACUGUUCGGAAAGCUGAAUGGCUACGCUUUAAAAUGAAUGUAAACUUUAAUGUUUUCGUCUAUUAUUUGUUUAGCAAUUUAUUUUUCAGUCGAGGAUUGCGCUUUUUUUGAUACACCCUGUAUGUAUAUAUAUAUAUAUAUAUAUAUAUAUAUAUAUAUAUAUAUAGAUAUAGAUAUAUAUAUAUAUAUAUAUAUAUGUACUAUUUACGAAAACGAGCAGGAGUGUUUUGGAUCAUGCGCAUAAUAAGUCAAAUCUUUAUAUAAAAAUCUUUAUAUAAAAAUCUUUAUAUAAAAAUCUUUAUAUAGUUUGCAUAACAAUGGUCUUUUGUUAAAGUGUUCUUUAGCUGGUAUAAAGACAUAUGCACGUGACUAAUUUCUUACUCAAGAUUGGAUAAUUGCUUCAUGAAUUAUUAAUGAGUUUUUGAAAUAUAUAUAUAUAUAUAUAUAUAUAUAUAUAUAUAUAUAUAUAUAUAUAUAUAUAUAUAUAUAUAUAUAUAUAUAUAUAUAUAUAUAUAUAUAUAUAUACAUAUAUAUAUAUAUAACCAACAAUGAGAUGAUGUCGUAUAUAUAUUAUAUCGUACAUAUAUAUAUAUAUAUAUAUAUAUAUAUAUGUGCCAAAACCACAACAAAUCUUCUCUUGCCACUUUCAAGAAUAUUCUGAAAGAAUACUACUACUCCGCUCUUUCCUUAACUUUCGACCCUGACGACCCACGUACAUGGAAGACAACCUGUGUCAAAUGUAACUGUGUUCGAAGUUUGCUGGUUCCCCCUUCUUGUUGUUUUUGAACUUCGUGCAACUGAUUAUUUAUAUUUUGGUAAAACCAGGGCCUUUCCAUACCAGGUAAUUCCAGAUUGCGGCUGUGGACAGGAUCUUCCAGGCUAUUUUCAAACUGGAUUGUGCGUAAAUUUCAGUCACUGUGUUUUUUAGGGGGUUUUUCUUAUCCAUGCUAUUACAUUGUAUGGAAAGGUUUUGCUUUUACCAAUGGUAAAAUAUAUUUUUUAUAAGUGAGUGUCUGAUUGCUUGAUCUCUUGGUUGGUUGAUUGAACACGUCAAUUGAACAGUUCGUUAAUUGAUUGAUUGAUUUUAUUAUUUAGUCCUUUUCCGUUUACUGUUCAGUAAACUUAACUAAUUUAUCGAAUAUUGUGAAGAAGGAUCCGCAGUAAUUGGCUGUAGCGGUUGCGGAAAUCCUGCCUUGUUUAUAUAUAUAGUAAUUUGAUGUUUCUUCUUAAUAUUGUUACCAAGGCAAAGUUAGAUAAAUUAAAUUAAAUAAAUUAAAGUAAUAAAAGCGCCAGCAGUGUCCUGUGAGAUUUUCAAAAACCUCAAACUGCACUCGUUGCGUCAGACUUUCAUGUGGACUUUGAAACCCACUUGCAUCAAUGUUUCGCCAAAUUGAACUCGAAACCAGGUUAUUACUGUAUACUCUCUGCUGUAUACUAUAGUCCCACCGUAUUAUCGUGAUUGGCACAUGCAAGCAUGCCAAGGUGAAAAUUAUAGAGUGACUCUGCAAUUAUAGUAAAGAAAGACUUUCAGUUUUCAUGGGUGACCAUGACUUGAUGGUCACGACAGCCACGGCCAAAUCAGGUUUCAGUGUACAGUGAGAGUAUGUUUGAACCACUUUCAUUUCUAAUUUUAUAUAUUUGGUGUUAUUUCUUUAGAAUUCGACAAUCCAGUAUGGCAAUUAGACUACAAAUUUUCUUCACGAUACCCACCCAGUGGAAGUGAUGACCAAGUUAUAAAUAGCAAGAGAAUAAAGAAUCUCUGUGAUAAUCUUAUCAACCAAUCCGAUGAUAGUUUCUUUACUGGCUAUAUUAGUUCACGACAAGUUCGUUAUCAGCCUGAUCCCUAUUCAAGAUUCAAAUUGUACUGCGCGGUAACGUAUUACAACGAAGCUGAUUAUGAUGCAUGUGACAAGAAGUACUUUGUCCCUGGUGGCUGA